GACAGCAGCAGAAAGACAAAGAGAAAUGAAUUCCAGUAUGAAAUAGUGCAGGAAGCCAUGGAGAAAGACAUUAGGGUGGCUGGGGACCAGGACACUUCGGGUGUCACACAGCUGUCCCAGGGCCAGUCCUGUCCCCCCUCAAGACAGGACACAUUGCCACUAAAUGAAUUCCAGUGUGAAAUAGUGCAGGAAGCCAUGGAGAAAGACAUUAGGGUGGCUGGGGACCAGGACACUUCGAGUGUCACACAGCUGUCCCAGGGCCAGUCCUGUCCCCCCUCAAGACAGGCCACAUUGCCACAGUCCUCUUUGGAGAAGGGAGCUUUUGAAACCUGGUUAGAAAGAGAACUUGAAAUUGCAAACCAAAAUCAAGAGAAGAAAUUGAGUGUGGACUUGGAGAGAGAAGCGCCAAAGGAAAAACAACUCAAUAAAAAGAAACGAAGAAAAAGAAGAAAAAAGGGACUCACAGAACAAGGAAAUGCAUUAGGAAUGAGUGAAGAAACCGAGGGACAAAAAGAGAUCCAGAACCGAAGAGAACUGAUAAAAGGAAAUGGAAUGAAACGGGGUGAAGUAGUGGAAGGAAUGAGUGAGACAUCCAGUGAGAGUGACACAUCCACUGAGAGAGACAUCGACCCUGCGAAUCUGACUAUUAACUCAGAGCAGGGAGCAGGACAAGUGUGGCUUCAAGGAGAACUCGAGAGAGCACUGGAACGACAGAAGAUAGAGAACAAUCGGAUACAGAUUCAGAAAAUACAAACAUGCAUGAGCUUCCACAGACAGAAUGGAAAGAACAAAGAGGAGAUGGAGAAGAUGAAAGAGGAACUAGCAGAAAGGAUGUUGGCAGAUGCUUGGCAGGGAGAUUGCGAGAUGGAAGAGGGAUUGGCACAGGAGCAAGACACAAUUGCAGGAACAAGCAGGAUGUGUUCUCAGAAAGAUGACACAACAAAACAGGAGACACCAGAGGUGGAGGUGGAGACAAAUCCAUUCAAGUCAAUUGGAGCAGAGGUGGAGACAAAUCCAUUCAAGUCACUUGGAGCUGGGGCAGAACAAGAUAGUCAGAAUCGUGAAAGUAAGGCAGAGGAAGAAUACAGCAUCCCUGCAAAGAGGAGGGAAGAAACACUUAGAGAGCUGACACUGGCCCAGUCCACCAUAGAAGAUCAACAGAGAAGGAUAGAUGACCUUGAGAGGGUGCAUGGAGCGCUUGCAGCAUGGUUUGAAAGAGAACUGGCAAUAGCAAACCAAAGUCAGGAGAAGAAAUUAAGUGUGGACUUGGAGAGAGAAGCACCGAAGGAGAAACAACCCAAUAAAAAGAAACAAAGAAAAAGAAGGAAAAAACGACUGAUCGAACAAGGAAAUGUAUUUGCAACGAGUGAAGAAACUGAGAGACAAAAAGAGAUCCAGAACAGUGCAGAACCAAAUUACCAGAGAGUUGAACUGAUAAAGGAAGAAAAUGGAAUGGAACGGGGUGAAGUAGUGGAAGGAACAGCAAUGGAGGCUGUGAGACAGGCAAAUGAGCAGGAGAGAAUGAGUGAGACAGAUGGUGAGAGUGACACAUCCAGUGAGAGAGACAGCGACCCUGCAAAUCUGACCGUUAACUUAGAGCAGGGAGCAGGACAAGCGUGGCUUCGAGGAGAACUUGAGAAAGCAUUGCAACGGCAGAAGAUAGAGAGCAGUAAGAUACAUAUCCGGAAAAUUAUGGAUCAAGAAAGGGAAGGAACGAGUGAUGAAACCGAGAGACAAAAAGAGAUCAAGACAAGAAAAGAACCAAAUGAACUCAAAGUUGAACUGAUAAAGGAAGAAAAUGGAAUGGAAUGGGGUGAAGUAGUGGAAGGAACAGCAAUGGAGGCCGUGAGACAGGCAAAUGAGCAGGAGAGAAUGAAUGAGACAUCCAGUGAGAGUGACACAUCCAAUGAAGGAGACAGCGACCCUGCAAAUCUGACCGUCAACUCAGAGCAGGGAGCAGGACAAGCGUGGCUUCGAGGAGAACUGGAGAGAGCACUGGAACGACAGAACAUAGAGAACAAUAGGGUACAUAUCCAGAAAAUAAAAACAUGCAUGAGCUUCCACAGACUGAAUGGAGAGAAUAAAGAGGAGAUGGAGAAGAGGAAAGAGGAACUAGCAGAAAGGAUGUUGGCAGAUGCUUGGCAGAGAGAUGGCACAUGGAAGAUGGGAGAGGGAUUGAAACAGGAGCAAGACACAAUUGCAGGAACAAGCAGGAUGUGUUCUCAGAAAGAUGACACAACAAAACAGGAGACACCAGAGGCGGAGAUGGAGACAAGUGAACUCAAGAUACUCAGAGCUGGGACAGAACAAGAAAAUCAGGAUCAUGAAAGUAAGGCAGAGGAAGAAUACAGCAUCCCUGCAGAGAGGAGGGAAGAAACACUUAGAGAGCUGACACUGGCCCAGUCCACCAUAGAAGAUCAACAGAGAAGGAUAGAUGACCUUGAGAGGGUGCAUGGAGCGCUUGCAGCAUGGUUUGAGAGAGAACCGGAAAUAGCAAACCAAAGUCAGGAGAAGAAAUUAAGUGUGGACUUGGAGAGAGAAGCACCGAAGGAGAAACAACCCAAUAAAAAGAAACAAAGAAAAAAAGGACUGACGGAACAAGGAAAUGUAUUAGGAACAAGUGAAGAAACUGAGAGACAAAAAGAGAUCCAGAACAAAACAGAACCAAAUUACCACAGAGUUGAACUGAUAAAAGAAAAAAAUGGAAUGGAACUGGGUGAAGUAGUGGAAGGAACAGCAAUGGAGGCCGUGAGACAGGAAAAUGAGCAGGCGAGAAUGAGUGAGACAUCCAGUGAGAGUGACACAUCCAGUGAGAGAGACAGCGACCCUGCAAAUCUGACCGUCAACUCAGAGCAGGGAGCAGGACAAGCGUGGCUUCGAGGAGAGCUUGAGAAUGCAUUGCAACGGCAGAAGAUACAUAUCCGGAAAAUUAUGGAUCAAGAAAGGGAAGGAACGAGUGAUGAAACCGAGAGACAAAAAGAGAUCAAGACCAGAAAAGAACCAAAUGAACUCAAAGUUGAACUGAUAAAGGAAGAAAAUGGAAUGGGACAUGGUGAAAUAGUGGAAGGAACAGCAAUGGAGACUGUGAGACAGGAACAUGAGCAGGAGAGUGACACGUACAUUGAGAGAGACAAUGUGAAUCUGUCAGUACAUUCAGAGCAGGAAGCAGGACAAGUGCGGCUUCAAGGAGAACUCGAGAGAGUUCACAGACUGCAUGGAGAGAACAAUAGGAUACAGAUUCAGAAAAUACAAACAUGCAUGACCUCCCACACACUGAAUGGAGAGAAUAAAGAGGAGAUGGAGAAGAUGAAAGAGGAACUAGCAGAAAGGAUGUUGGCAGAUGCUUGGCAGAGAGAUGGCACAUGGGAGAUGGACGAGGGAUUGACACAGGAGCAAGACACAAUUGCAGGAACAAGCAGGAUGUGUUCUCAGAAAGAUGACACAACAAAGCAAGAGACACCAGAGGUGGAGGUGGAGACAAGUGAACUCAAGAUACUCGGAGCUGGGACAGAACAAGAAAAUCAGGAUCAUGAAAGUAAGGCAGAGGAAGAAUACAGCAUCCCUGCAGAGAGGAGGGAAGAAACACUUAGAGAGCUGACACUGGCCCAGUCCACCAUAGAAGAUCAACAGAGAAGGAUAGAUGACCUUGAGAGGAUGUACAUGGAGAUGCAGCAAGAGAAAGUUGAGGCCCAGAGAGUCUCAGAUAGACACAGCGAGGAACAAGAACGACGGAUUGGCCAGUUGGAGAAAUUGACAGAAAUCAUGAUGAACGAGAAAGUUGAGGCCCAGAGAGUCUCAGAGAGACACAGCGAGGAACAAGAACGACGGAUUGGCCAGCUGGAGAAAUUGACAGAAAACAUGAUGAUGAAAAUCAUAGAGAUGGAGAGACAACUAGAUGAAACAGCAGCACACAGAAAAGUGGAGCAGGACAGAACGACAAUAGAGGAAAUGGAGAGAACGGCAGGAGACACACCUACAGGAGGCCAGCCUGCCGGUGUGAACUCUGAGCACCUGGAAAUCAUUUGUGUGAGAGAGGAGGAGAAGAGACACGGCCAAGAGAUAAUGGUGUCCGGUAGUCGCACGGAAAACUGUGGGCCUGAAAAUGACAUAGAAAUGGAUGCAAAAAGAGAGGGGCAUAAAAGCACUGGAAACUCAAGGCAAGCCGAAGACCAUACAUGCCCAAGCAACGACAUGGAGCAAAGAGGACAGAGUGCUGUGGGCUCUUUAGAAAACGUUAAGCCCAAAGACAUGGAGAUGGACACCCAAAGAGGGGGAUGCAGUGCAGCUGGUAUUGCAGUGCCAACUGAGAAUGGCAUUGACCAAGACCCAGGAGGACAAUCGGAUGCAUCUGAUGGACCCAGCGAGCAGCUGCCUGGAGGUCUCGAGGGGGAGCAGAAAAAGAAAAAGAAGAAAAAGUCCGUACUGAGGUGGAUGAGGAAGAGACUAAGAAUUGGACAAAACUAAACACACUCACUCACUCACUCACUCUCACACACACACACAGAAAAAUAAAAAACUAUCAACAACCACAAAAACCAUGAAAAAAAAUAAAAUAAAAAAACAAAACAACAACAAAAAACA